UUUUUAAAAAAGAAACAGAAUUAAACGCUCUUUUAGUCUUGUCACUAGUCACUAUUAAAUAUUUUCUUCUUGUUGUCUCUUUUAUAAUACUUCACCUGAUUAACUACUAUACUAUAUAUAAUAUCGUCCUCUUUCUAGCAAAUAUAAUCCACCACCAAAAAAACACAAUUUUAAUUUCUCAUCCUUGCUCAGCGUUACAUAUUAUUUAAAGUUAAUUUCUUGUUUAUAUCAAAAGCAAAAAAUGGGAGUUUCAGGUACACUGGAAUACUUAUCUGAAGUACUUAGCAACGUUAAGAAGAGCAAGAAGAAGAAACAAAUCGCAACUGUGUCCAUCAAGAUUAGAAUGGACUGUGAAGGUUGUGCUCGUAAAGUUAAAAAUGCUCUCUCUAAAGUAAAAGGUGCAAAAUCAGUGGAUGUGGACUUGAAGCAACAAAAAGCAACAGUAACAGGAUUUGUGGAGCCAAAAAAAGUGUUGAAGGCAGCAAAAUCGACAGGUAAAAAAUGUGAAAUUUGGCCAUAUGUGCCUUAUAGUAUGGUGGCACAUCCUUAUGCUGCUGGUGUUUAUGACAAAAAAGCACCUCCUAAUUUUGUAAGGGCAACUACUGAUCCAUCUGUUGCUCACUUAAAUCCUGUUGAAGAACAAUAUUCACUUAUGUUCAGUGAUGAAAAUCCAAAUGCUUGUAAUAUUAUGUAAGUAGUACUUGAUUAUUAGUAUAGUUUUUUUCUCUCUCUUUAUUAUAAAGUAUACUUGAUCCUUUGUGUGUAUUUUUAUUGUACUGUAUAAAGAAUUUUAAUUUGUGAAUUAAAAGUAGGAAAAAAGAUAAAUAUUUUUUCGAACUAUCGUAUAUGGUAUGCAUAUAUUCUUCGUAGUGGUAUCCCUGUUGUCGAAAAAUUAGAGUGUGUAUACCUUUCACUCUAAAGGAAUGCUAAAUAGGGACAUGUGGCUGUAGUCUCAUUCGUCGAUCUGAUGUUGGGUCGGUGGAUAAGAUAAUGACGCGUGUAUAUCCGUUAGUGUAAAGAUAUAUAUGCUUUAAUUUUUGGAGCGACAGGGGCACCAAUAUGUCCCAAAAGUAUGACGAAAGAUAUUCGCAUACCAUUUAUGAUAGUUUGGGGAUAGAUUUGUUCUUUUUCUGUUAAAAGUAUAUAUCAUCAUUGUCUAAUAAGAGGAGUUUAAAUUU